AUGAAUAAGACUGUUAUUCACGACAAUACUUACGUGUCUACAGACAGAAUAAAAAAGAUUUUAUAGCCCAUAGAGCUCUAGUUAGCUAAGGGUUAAAACAAUUCUUUUAAGCUUUCUUCAAGAACUUUGACAUAAUAAAAUUGGGCAAACGAUAUUUAAAACAAAAAAUUCCAGUCCUUAGAAUAAGAAAGCCUUAGCGUUGAAUAGGUUCUGAAGGUAGGAGUUCAAAAUGGUUUAGUUUCAUUGUUUAACAGAUUUAACGAUGGUAUCUGCAUCAAACCUAAAAUGAUUAUUUGCGUUACCAUGUAUAAUGAACCACGUAAAGAACUAGAGGAAACAUUAGAUGGUAUAGUUAGCAACAUUUCAACUUUUAAAGAAGAAUGUAAUAUCUCUAAUAAUGAAAUUUUGGUCAUUGUUGUGUAUGAUGGUAUUGAUAGAAUGAAUGCUAGUAAAGAUAGCGAUGACAGUAUGUUAGACUACUUUAGUACCUGGGAUGAAGUUGUAAAGACUUAAAGAUAAAGUGAACAAAGAAGAACUAUGAGAUAAGAGUAUGAUGAAUAUUGUUAUAAUCUUAAAAUCUCUAAGUUAGAUGUUGAAAAAAUUAAGUCAAAUGAUUUCAAAGAAAUGAAUUCUGAUUCUAAAUUAAUGAAAGGAUUUAAUGACUAUAAAAUUGAAAAUCGUGAUGACAAAAGAACUUUAGAAUAACAAAAGUCAGAAUUUCUUUACAAAAAGAAAGAAGAAGCAGGAAAGUAUCUCAAAGAUAAAGCAAAUAAUGCUUACCUCUACUAGAUGAGACAUAGACUUCAAAAAGCCACAUCUGGAGGAGAAGACGGAGAUAGCUAAGAAUUCCUUGAUUCUGAUGAUACUCUUAAUAUUAUGCAUUGCGUUAAAUAUUAAAAUGGUGGUAAAUUAUCAAGUCACUUGUGGUUCUUUUGCGGUUUUUGUGAACUUUUCAAUCCAGACUAUACUAUUCUAUUAGAUUGUGGUUUAGUUCCUGAUGAGAGAGCUAUGUUUAAUAUGUUUUUAGCUUUGGAAAGUGAUAAGAAUAUUGGUGGUGUUUGUGGUUUUAUGGGUAUAAAAUUCUAAGAUAUUUAUACUGAAGGUGGUGAAAGAAAUGAUAACUACAAUGAAAAUGAAAUUAACUGUAUUGCAGAUAUGUAUUAAAGAGUAUUUAACAUACAAAGAGCUUAAAUGUAUGAAUAUAAUAUGGGUCACUUUAUUGAUAAGCCUUUUGAAUCUCUAUUCGGCUAUAUUUAGGUGCUUCCUGGUGCUUUCUCUGGUUAUAGAUGGGAAGCGCUAAAGAGAGAUGAUGAUAAUGAAAGUAUUCUUGAUGAUUAUCUCAGCAGUGUUUUGGAUAAAGAUUAAGAAUUAACUCUAGAACAAGAAAAUAUGAACUUGGCAGAAGAUAGAAUUCUCUGUUUGAAAAUUUACUCUAAAAGAGGAAAAAGAUAUACUCUUCGUUAUUUGCCUAAUUGCAAAGCUAGAGUCGAUCCUGUCACUAAUCUGAUGGUUUUAACUUCAUAAAGAAGAAGAUGGAUUAACGGUUCUACUUUCGCCUUAAGAAUGUGCUUAGAAAAUAAAAGUAUAAUUUAUGAAUCAAAUCACUCUGCUUUUGAGUUGUGCCUUUUCAAAUUCUGUAUGUCAUUUGCUUGGCUCAAUGAUGCUUUGAGUUAUAUCUCUCUCUCUGUUUACUUCACAAUCGUUUUUAUUAUGUUGAUGACCAAUGUUAGUUCAGUCACUCUCGAUGGUGCUAUUAAUACUGGCUCAGCACUUGCAGUUUUCUUUGUUACUCUCUUCCUUUCUUCUUACUUUUUAGUUGUCUUAAUGAUUAUUUUCUACUCUUUAUCAUUCGAUACGAGAAAUAGGCAAAUGCAUUAGAUAUUCUAUUCUCUCUCUGCUUAUUUAGGUGUUUUGAUGAUAAUUGCUUAUGUUAUUAUGCUUAUCUAUAUUAUCCAAAUUACUAUUUUUACUAUCUAAAAAUACAUACUUGGACACGAGUCUGGAUUUGGAACUGAUGGUGUUUUAAGUUCUUGGAGUGAUGAUGGAUGGACUAAAAAGACUUUCUGCUACUUAGUUGUCGUUGGUUUCUUUAUCAACUUUGUCCCAUAUAUUUUCAAUUUAUCUAGAAUUUGCGAAAUGUUAAAAUCUUUUAUUCAUUUUGUAGCCUAUUAGUCAUAAUAUAUUCAUUUACUUUUGAUUUAUGCUUUCUGUAGAAUUGAUGAUCUUUCUUGGGGUACUAAAGGUUCUGAUGUUUCUAGCUCUUAAAAGGAUGUAAGUAAAAAAAUUAAAUUCAGCUUCGUUACUAAAUGGUUCCUUGUCAAUGUUAUUCUUGGAUUCUUAUUUGGUACUUUCUUAACCAGUCAAGUCCUUGACUAGUAGUCUUAAUAUUAAUAUGUCAAGCCCUUUAUUUUGAUUGGUAUUUCUGUCGUUUUCGUAGGUUAAUUGGCUAUCAGAGUUGUUGGAGCUGUCUUGUAUGAGUUAAAGUUCUUAUUCUUCAUGAUAAAGAUGAGCAACAAGAAGAGACAUAUUAAGAAAGAAAGAAUGAACAGCAACCUUAAUGAAGAAAUUUAGGAAAAAGAACACAGAUUCUUUAGUGGAGAUAAACCUAGAAAGGAUAAAACUAAUGAAAGUGGCACAUUAAAUACCAAUAAUAUUUUACCUUCAAAUAACAAUAUUUUAAGUGAUCUUAGUUGA